UACAAUGGAAUCGGUCUGAGCACCGCGAGGGGCUCUGGAACAAACGGAUACGUGCAGCGUAACCUCAGCAACUUGCACGGCAAUGCGCGUAUAGAUGAGAGUGGGGGGAAGCAGUAUUUGAGGCGGCAACUUCGGCAGAAAAACGAGCGCAAACAGGUUGCCACUACUGUUCGAGACAGAGAUAUCGACCUUCACGAGCGCAAACGACAGUUGGAGAUAAAAGUAAUGGAAUACAGAGAGAAGCUUGAGGAUGACGGGCUUGAAGACAGCGAGAUCGACAAGAAAGUGGAAGAGUACCGCGAAAGACUCAGGAACCAA